GACCCUGAGCCCGAUCUAUAUCAUCAAAGUGGAGUAGUAAUUCCGGUAGGCAAUGGCUUCUGGACGGCCAACAUCUGCACGGGGCCGCCUCACGCGGGAGUCCAAAGAGGCCCCUUUGGUGCACGGCUGCAGUCAGCCUCCUCCAGAUGCAAGCAUCGGUGCGGGUCCGGGACACUUCCGGCACUUCGUGUCCUCUGUCUCAGCAAAACACCAGUUGAAGGACCCACUCAGACAAGGAGGUGAGGAUCUGCAUGAGAGCGAGUUCUACUCCAUGGCUCCAAAGACUCCAGGUCGGGAAGGUCCUGGGAUGCGAACCUUGGAUAUCUCAAAGGUCAACAAAGAACGCUGCAACUGGCAGCGAAUCGAUACGUUCCAGACACCUUAUGGCAAUGGCCAGGCUGUCUACGAGGGAGCCACCUCAUCUCAAAGGACAAGAACUGCAUCCCGAGAGCGGAUGGGAGCACAGACACAGGCCUUAGCUGGCCUCGGUUUGGAGAUUGAGCAGCUUCGCACGGACCUGAAGCUGGCAAUGGCGGAUAGCAGAGAGGAGCUGAGUCAGACGAUCGCUAUGGCUGUCAACCAGAUCAUCUCUGAGUUGCGCCAAGAUGUGAGAGCUGAAACGGCUGCAGUUCGCCAGCAGCUUCACAUGUACGAGGAGGCCAGAGUUCGAUCCCAAAGCCUGCCUGUGCCAAGCGAGCCAGUGGCUGUCUCUGUAGCCCCGAGUCACAAGGAGCAGCGGCUGUUGGGUUCUGAGGCUCACGAGGAAGCAGAGCCGAAGUCAGCAAAGGAUCAGCAGGAGUGGCGCGCUCUCCGGGAAUCGGUGGAAGCAUCCAACCAGCUCCUGGCGGAUCUCACUCGCCGUCCUCAAAGCAGCGAGGAGCUACACAUGCUGAAUGCUCGUGUGCAAGCUUUGUUGGAGCUCACACGGGAGCAGGUCUCUUCUCGGCUGGAGCAAAUAGAUCAGAGCCAAGCGAUGCAAAUGGACCAGGUGCACGCGCGUCUGGACCAGCUGCACCUCACGCAAGCUGCCUUGCUUGAGAAGAUGGAUCUCUCCACUGUGCGUCAGAUCAGUGACUUGCAGGCCAGCUCCAGGGUUCUUGAAGAGGCCGUGCGCGCUGUGGCAGAGGCCCAGCGGGAUGCCAGCGCCCGCCCGGCAGAGGUCCCUAUACAGCAAGCCGCUGUCUUCGCUGAAGUGCUACAGCAGAUCGAGGACAUGCAGAAGUUCAACCAGGAGAGUUUCAAUCAUUUGAAUGAGUCGAUCAAUGCCAAAAGAGACCCUCAGCAGCUGUUUGCUGAGCUGCGCAGCAGUUUGGAGGAUCUCAAGGUUCGCCUCAGUGAUCAGGGGCUGGACCAGAAUUCCCUCUUGAAGGAGAUCAAGAUACAACUCGCCCAACUCCACGGGACACCACCUGUGGAUUUGUCACCAGUGCUUUCAGCCCUGCAUGCCCUACAAGCGCGAGAGCAGAAGGUUGACUUGUCUCCUAUUCUGAGUGCUCUGGCAGGUCUUCAUGAAGACCAAAUGUCCUUGCGAGAGUCGGUGCGACAGAACCAGACGGACCUGUCACCUGUACUGGCCAGUCUGGAGCAAGUGAGGAAAGGCCUUGCAUCGAUGUCGCAAGAGGUGGAAAUCAGCCGAGAGGUGGUGGUGAAGAGGGCCGACGUGAGUGCCCUCUCACAGACCAUGCAAAAUGCUUGGGAGCUGAUGACACAAACCAAGGCGGCACUCUACAAGGUGGACUUUGGCUCCCUGCUAGCAGACGUACAGCGCGUCUUGGAAGAAGUGCGAGAGACGCGGGCGGAGCUGCCGAAGAUGGCACGCAGUUUGGAGGUGGACUUCUCUCCAAUCUUACGGGCUUUGCAGGACCGGAAGCGCAUUGAUGAGGAGUUUGGAGAAAAGUUGGUGGAGGAGAUGCACCGUUUGCGACGGGACUGUGAUCUGACCCAACUCACCCAAAGCUUCGAGCAGGUGGAGCCCGGGCUGCGAGCACUUCGCCAGUCUGUGCGAGAGAACAAGAUCAGUCCAGAGGAUUUUGCGCCCCUGAUGGAGGAGGUUCAACGGCUGCAAAGCGGCUUUUCUGGUGAAUUUCGACAAUGGAGGCUGCAACUCUGCCAGCUACAAGAGGAGUUGGCCGCUGUGAAGUCUGUGGCUUCCCGCGAGCCACGACUCGACUUCUCCCCGGUCUUCGAGGCGCUCAAGGAGAUUCGUCAAGAACCUCUCUUUGAGCGCUUUGCUCAGGUUUUACACGAGUUGAAAGACUUGAAGAGCUCCAUGCGUGAGUCUCCGCAACUGCAGGAGCAUGGCGAAUUGGGGCAGGUGGUGCAGGAUCUUCAACUGGUGACCUCAAACUUGGUGGAGACCGUCCGGCAAGAGGUCAUGAAGGUCGAUUUGUCGCCGCUGAUGAGCGAGAUCCAAGCGAUUCGGGGCAAGGUAGAAGUGUCCAGUGCCUUAAAGCGUCAGAAUGAGCACAUGACCAAAAGCGACUUUGCGACGGCGUUGGAGGAAUUGCGCGGCCACUUCUCCCUUCUGCUAUCUUCUUUUCGGGAGGUCUGUGACCACUCAUCUGGCGUCUCUGCCACGGCUGUCAACACCCUGCUGCAAAACCUGUUGGAGCAGAGGCAAAGAGAGAAUGAAUCAGCUGCGGAGGACCUGGAUUUCCUCCGACAAAAGCUGCGAGAUACACAGAGCGUGAUUGGCCAGGCUGGCAGCCGUGUAGGCCCGGCGGAGCUCCGGGGGCGAGUGCCCACAAGCCCAAGGCCACCAGAGCGUCCGACGCGUGAAAUACAAUCGCCAAGCCGGGCUGAGGCGGCGGCCUCUAUGGCAGAGCCCGUCACACGGAUAGAACCCGUCACGGAGCCCGUGGCGCAUCUCUCAUCACUUCGCCGGCCCUGAAAGCCUUGGGCCGGCCGUUUCGAGGAUCCAGUGGUCGAUGGUGAGGGCUUCUCUGGGAAAGACA